CACCCACACCCAGUCGACCUCCGAUUCUGCCGGCGGCGGUCGGUGGCUGCAGGCUGCGUCUAGCAUAGCAUAGCAUAGCCUCGCCGCUGAGGCCGAGCAGCCUCCUCUCCUCUCCUCUCCUCUCCUCUCCUCUGCAUCGUUCCAUUCCUGGAGAUCCAAGUCGUCCUCUCCUUCCUCGCUCGCUCGCUCGCCGGUUUAGAUCUCCACUUCUUGGCACUCGCCGCGGGACAGCAAACAGGAAGAAGAAGGACUCGACUCGACUUCCGUGCAGGUGUAGGUGUAGGUCUAGUCAAGAUCCCUUUCUUGCCCAGUAACCAACGAAUCCAUACCUGCUACUACUGCUUGCCGCCGUGAGGGAUGGCCAGAAGCAGCCUCCUCUGCCUAGUUCGAUUGGCUUCCCUUCUUGCACUCGCUGGGAUAUUCGUCUCCGUCUCCGUCCAGGCCAGCCGGGGAGAUGCUGAUCCGCACUACAGAACUUGUGUGGGGGAGUGUCAGAAUACGGGGAUUAUUGGGAGCAACAUCAUCAGCCACUGCCAGUCCCGGGAGAACGACAGCAUAUCUGCUGGAAGUUCUUGGUACACACAGGAGGCCCUUGGCAUGCAGUGGAAGCAACUAAACUGUAUGACAGACUGCCGCUACUACUGCAUGAUGCGAAGAGAAGAGGAACGGCGAUUAGGUGGCCUGAGCCCUGUUCAAUAUCAUGGAAAAUGGCCCUUCAAACGUGUCUCUGUCUUCCAGGAGCCCCUCUCGGCCGCACUGUCUGCUCUCAACCUAUUGAUGCACUUCACUGGCUGGCUUUCGUUCUACCUGCUAGUGAAAUGCAGAUUACCUCUUAGACCUCAGACGAAGAGGACGUACUACGAAUACACUGGCUUAUGGCAUAUCUAUGCAAUAUUAUCAAUGAAUGCAUGGAUCUGGAGCUCCGUAUUCCAUACCAGGGAUAUAGACCUGACUGAGAAAUUGGAUUACUCUUCAGCUGUGGCCGUACUUGGCUACUCUUUAAUCGUUACAUUGCUAAGAAUUUUUAAUGUCAAGGAGGGGCCUGCCAGGGUGAUGGUUGCUGCACCUAUUCUAGCAUUCGUCACAACACACAUCCUGUAUCUUAACUUCUACGAGCUUGACUACGGAUGGAACAUGAAAGUCUGUGUGGCGAUGGGUGUGAUUCAAAUUGUGGCAUGGGCAACCUGGGCUGGCGUGACCCGUCAUCCGUCACGGUUGAAGCUUUGGGUCGUUGUGUUUGGAGGAGCUCUAGCUAUGCUUCUUGAGGUGUUUGACUUCCCUCCGUACAAGAGGUAUGCGGAUGCGCAUUCGCUGUGGCACGCGAGCACCGUUCCCCUCACCUAUCUCUGGUGGAGCUUCAUUAAAGAUGACGCAGAAUUCCGCACCUCCACACUCACACUGGUUAAGAAGGCCAGGUGAAUUAAGAGGAGGUCACCAUGUUGUUGGGUUCUCUCAAGGCAACACAAGCAAAUGAUUCGGCCUUGAGUGUCACGGUUUUCGUCUGCAAACUCACCAUCGUGUCUCUGCGGUUCUUCUUGUCCUCCCUCCUGACUUGUGUUUUGAUUGAUACUCCCUCUGUCCCGUAAUGUAAUAUAAGAGCGUUUUUUUUGACACUAGUGUAAUGUAAAAGAUAAAUGCCCUUCUUAUAUUAUGGGACGGAGGGAGUAUUAUAUAUGAAGAAAGAACUGGUGCAUGUGUAGUAGAAAAAGUGGUGUUGAAACAAGGGUUCACCUUAUGA